AUGAGCACUAUUAACGCAAGUACUGGCUUCGCGCCUUUCCAGUUACAACUGGGGCGCUUGCCAAGGAUGCUUCCCCCCCUCGUGCCUGGAGCGGCUACAUUACAAGACCCUGAAGAAAAGCGCGCGCGCUCGCUGCUGUCUAAACUCAACUUCGACCUCAUGGAGGCUCACGACACCAUGAUCGCUAGCAAGGCUGCUCAAGCGAAUGCGGUCAACAAGAAGCGAGCUUCGCACCUCAUCUUGCAAGAAGGAGAUCGCGUCAUGCUCGCCACGAAACACCGUCGUCGGGAGUACAUCCAGAAGGGAGACAAGCACGUAGCAAAG